CAACCUAACAGUUGGUUUUAGCACGCACUCACGUAGCCACCGAUCCGAGCAGUUUGCUAACUAAAAAGCACAAAGAGAAUUUUGUUGUAAAAAUCGAAUUAAUCGCAGAAUUAGCAAGUGCAUAAAUAAAUAAAAAUGAGUGAAAUCAAUGCGGAAGACAAACUGACCUAUGUCAAAUCAAAGAUAGGCGAAUAUCCAGAUUUUCCAAAACAGGGCAUUCUAUUUCGCGAUAUAUUUGGAGCACUCACCGAUGCCAAGGCUUGUGUUUAUCUAAGGGAUUUACUUGUGGAACAUGUCAAGCAUAAUCAUCCGGAUGUUGAGAUCAUUGUGGGCCUAGACUCACGUGGCUUUCUAUUCAAUCUUCUCUUGGCCACCGAAUUGGGCAUCUCAUGUGCUCCCAUACGCAAGAAAGGCAAAUUGCCCGGUGAAGUGGCUUCUGUUGAGUAUCAAUUGGAAUACGGUUCAGACACAUUCGAGAUCCAGUUGAAUGCCAUUAAGCCUGGCCAAAAAGUGGUUAUUGUUGAUGAUCUUCUGGCCACAGGAGGUUCCCUAGUGGCUGCCACUCAAUUGGUCCGAAAAGUCGGUGGCGUUAUACUGGAGUGCCUAGUUGUCAUGGAACUGAGCGAUCUGAAAGGACGCGCCAAAAUUGAUUCAAAAGUGCAUUCCCUUUUCGAAUACUAAAGACACUGAUAUUGCAACGGAUUUAAUCAUGAUCAUGAUAAUGGAAUGGAGUGGAGUGGAGUGGAUCUGUGUGGUUGUUAAACGAGCCUUCCAUAAUUUGCAUUUAGCAAAAAAACAAAACAAAAACAAGAGACAUAUUUUCUUACCUCAUAUAUAGCGAAUUAAUCGAAUUUUUCUAAAAACAGUUUUAUAGUUUGUUCUAUGGAAAAUACAACUGAAAUAUUCAUAUUUUUAUAUAAAAAUA